AUGGCUUACAAUCGACGCACCAAGAACUUCGCUCAAGACGGGCAGACACCCAUGUUCCUGUACGCCAUCCUGAAGCAACUCGAUCUUCGAUCAAUCGAUUGGAACCAAGUGGCAGCCGGUCUUGACAUCUCAAAUGGCCAUGCAGCACGAAUGCGAUACAGCCGUAUGAGAACGCAGUUCGAAGGGAUGUCCAACCAGGCAAAACCACCAAGAGCCAGGAAAGAGAAGGAGGGCGAGGGCAAAUCUGCAAAGGAGAAAGCAGCGAAAGGCAAAAGAGCUCUUCUUGAGGAAGAAAAUGAACGGCUCGCUAAGGGGAAACGUCCUAUGCAGGCAAAAGAGAUGCAGCAGGACUUCAUGCACAAGAGAGUCAAGCUGGAGCAAUACGACACCACUCCCUGGCCAUCUCCAGUCAUGCCUAGCCAGCAAUACGACAACCCUUUCUGGACCCAGCCAAACAUCAAGACGGAACCAUCAACUGCAGCGAGCUCAGCCCUGGCCAACUCCCCGCUUAUCAAGAAAGAAGCUGACUUCUCGACCUCUGAUGCCAGCAAUAGUCUCACUGCUGAGCUACCCAUCAUGCAAGAGGCUCUCAUCAAAGAGGAACCGACUAGCAAUGCCCUCGAUCAGGAGUUGCUUACACUGACUGCCGAUGCUGUCAAGCGUGAACCGAAUCGGGUCGCAGCGAAGCAAGAAGCAGCCUACGCACCAGCCUAUUACUAUCCCUCUUAUGUGAACAGAUACGGGACCCCCGCUGCCUCUGCCUACUAUCAGCCUUUCCCAAUGCCGACGGCCACCAGCUCUGCCUAUCCAAUGCAUCAGGCUUACAACUACGGUCCAUGGCUCAAUCAACGACCAAGUCUCAAUCCUUGGGCACAGUCUGCCAUGGCUCCCGUUGCCUCCACAGUCUCAAACGACAGCAUGAUCGACAACAUCUCGCUCAACCCACAUUCCAGGUCUUACGAAGACUUGCUCAAUAUGCCACUGUAUGCCGGUAAUCCACAGAAUUUUCAAUUCGACAUCGACACCCCAGGGUCGAGUGACGGUCAGAUUGCCGCGGAAAAUUCCGUGACCGCUCCAGCUCAGAACGCACCAAUUGCCCAAGCACCCACCCCUGCUGAAGUUGAACCACAUGAGAAGACCACCUCCUCUCCAAUUCUGCACUCUGUCGAGGCCAUCGCACCAGACAAAAACAACACUGAAACUGAUGCAGCACAGCCAACCAAUCCCUCAGAACAGCCUACCAGUGCCGCUGCACCAGUGGCCGCGUCAACCGUCAAUAGCAGUACCAAGACUGAUGUGUCAGUUGGCCCGGCCACUGCUGAACUCAGUUCGAAUGUCGAUGCGGAUGCGGACGCCGAUGCCGAACACGAGCUUGACACAACCACUGCUACAACUGUCGAAGUCGAGCCCAAAGUUGUCGUCAAAGCUGAGCCGAUUGAGAUAUUGGAUCCUUGA